AUGACAACUGUAGCAGCAAAUGGGGCUGAUAUCAACAAUGGAGAUGCUCCUUCACAGGGUGUGAUCACUGCUUCAAGAGAUUAUGGAACGCCAGCAUUAGAUCUCACACCGCUUCGACUUUUGGCUUUACGUUCAUUACUUUCACUUUUGGACCAAAUAGCUGAACCAAAGACGCUUUUACUUGAUGCUACACUUGCAGGACCACUUGGACUUGUUUCUGAUGUCGGAAGUUUGCGGGAACAUGGCGUUGAAAGAAUGUUCUGGCUGGAAGAGCCUGAGGAUCAUUUCCCCAAAACAGAACAAGAAGGCAACGAUAGAAUGAUCGGCCUCGAAAAGGAUGUCAAUGCGCCAACUCGAGCAGUGGUAUACAUUUGUCGUCCAACAUUGAGUCUAAUAAGGGUCAUAUCAGGUCAUAUUCUUUACGAUCGGAGGACUGCAGCAAAUGCAAACUCCCUCAAACACACCUAUCAUGCCCUAUUUUCUCCAAGAAGAACAGAGCUGGCCUUGCAACUGCUCUCGUCCAUAGCCACGCCUUCAAUAUUGAGCGAUCUGAACUUGCAUGAUCUAGGGCUGGAGUUUGUACCGCUAGAGCAGGAUGUUCUUUCGCUAGAGGAAGAAAAGGCUUGGUCUGAUAUCUGGGCAAAAGGCGAUCAUGGAGUGAUACAUCGUUCUGCCAUGGCUUUGAUGACCGUUCAGCAUGUCUAUGGUGCUUUUCCACGCAUUGUGGGGAAGGGAGAUAUGGCAAAAAGGCUUUCUUCUCUUCUUUUACGACAGAGGCGUGAGUAUCUGGCAUCAGAUCCCUCUAAUCCGUCGCUACAAAACCCUUCACGCUCGAUCGACAGUCUGAUUAUCAUUGACAGAAGUGUCGAUUUGGCAACUCCAUUGUGCACUCAACUCACAUACGAAGGUUUGGUGGAUGAAGUGAUUGGAAUACGUAGCGCACACGUUGAAGUCGACCCUGCGUUGGUAUCGGAUGCUAGGACCAAUCUUGCUCCUGCUGCAAGCACAGCUUCUGGAAGUACUACACCGAUACCAUCUGCUCGGAAAACGAAAAAGGUUCGAUUGGAUCGUACAAUAGAUCCAUUAUUUGGCUCGAUUCGUGAUGAAAAUUUCGCAAUAGUAGGAGAGAAAUUACACACAUCUGCAAAGAGGCUCAAUGAAGAUUAUGAAAGGAGACAUAAUGCCAAAACAGUUUCUGAGAUGCGUGCAUUUGUGAGCAAGUUGGGCGGAUUGACGAAAGCGCAUGCAAGUUUACGAUUGCACACUGGAUUGACGGAAAGAAUAAUGGAAUUCACUACACAAGAAAUUUUUAAUGCCAGUUUGGAACUUCAACAAAAUAUUGUCGCUGGAGUUGAUUUGAACGAUCAGCUAUCGAAUAUUGAAGAUCUCCUCUCAGCACAAGCGCCAGUGUUGACUGUUAUUCGAUUGCUUUGCCUGUUCAGUGUUGUAAGUGGGGGUAUCAAACCGAAGAAUCUGGAAUAUCUAAAAAGGGAAAUCGUUCAAACGUAUGGAUAUGAGUACAUUCCCUUGCUCGAUAUGCUGGCGAAGACUGGGCUUAUGACACGAGCAACACCGUCGAGCACACGUACUAGCGUUGGUUUUCAAGCGGUCAGAUCAUCGUUGAGAUUGGUCGUUGAUGAUAUAGACGAGCAUGAUCCGAACGAUGUGAGCUAUACGUACAGUGGAUAUGCUCCUUUGAGUAUUCGAUUGGUACAGGCAAUCGCUCAAAAAGAUGCUCUGUUGGCUCGGAAUACUGGACAAUCGCAAGGUGGUCAAUCACUUUCACUUGCGUCUGCACCAAAAGCACACCCAAUAUUGGGAUGGAGAGGAUUUGAAGAUGUCGUGCGCAGUCUUGAAGGAGCAACAUUUGAUGAAGUGCAAGGCAAGGAUGAGAUUCAUACUCGAGCAGGAAUCGAUGGCGCAAAUGCUAGGAAGACGACUGAUACCUCAAAUAUUGCUGCUAACCCACCCGGAAUGGGAAGCUCUGCAUUGAAUGCGACCACAACCACGAUGGUGUUCUUCUUGGGGGGUGUGACGUUUGCUGAGAUCUCCGCGUUGCGAUUUAUGGCCUCACGUACGCGCAACAGACGAUUCCUCAUUGCGACCACAAACACCAUCACAGGCGACACAAUGAUUAAGAGCUUGCAAUAA